CAUAAGUAUAUUAUUUUAACUCCAACCGGAAACGUGAAUAGUUGGAAUCGUAAAGCAACAAGAAGCUGUGACUAUACUUUUAUCUGGAGUAAAACCAAGCCUUUGACAUCAAAAUGUCUGGAUCAUCAACCGUGAAUACAAUGAAGAAAGUCGUGCAGCAGUUGCGAUUUGAAGCAAGUAUAAACAGAGUAAAGGUGUCCAAGGCCGCCGCUGAACUGCAGCAGUUUUGCUUACAGAAUGCCCACCAGGACCCUUUGCUGACAGGGGUGUCUUCCAGCACAAACCCAUUCAGACCGCAGAAAGUGUGCGCGUUUUUGUAGCUCAAAUACUCGGCUUUUUCUUUCGCUGGUUUAUAAUGCCUGAUCUUCACAAACAAAUUCUGUCGCCACCUCCCUCGGUGUCUGAGAAGACCAUUACAUGAACCAUUAUUUCAAGUCUUAAUGCCGGUUCUCAAUGUUUUUUAAAACAUAUGCUUACCUGACCACUUAUUUUUUCUGUACCUGCCUCUUCAGCUUUAGUUGCCUUAUCUUUUAAUGAAGAACCAGUUAUGUAUAUAUUUUAUUUGGAAAAUGAAUUUAACAAAAGGGCCUGUGAACAGAUGUAUUUCAAUAAUAUUUGCUUAAGUAUUUACACUUGUGGGCUGAUCAAUAUUUGGUAAAACUAUAGCCAAUGUUUGUAUCGCUGCCUUCCAGUAAAGCAGGUAAAUCUGAAGAAAAUACUGUCCCAAUUUUGACUGGAACCAAACUGGAUUUACCUCUUAAUCCAAUGCUCAAGUCUUGAUUGAUGGCAAUUUCUGACCAAUGUGUGCUUAGAUUCAAGUCUGCCGUGGGGAUCAAUGCAGUGAUACGUUGAUGCUUUUACAUGUUCCAGCACUGCAUUCAUCAGUUGUGGUGGGGAGGUGAUGACUGAAUUGAACAAAACUGCAUACAGUGGUUGUAAUAGAAAUUUCACUUCACUUUGUAGAAUAUUCGUUUACUGUUUGCUAUUUGAAGCCUGCUGACAACAUGGUUCCUUUUAAAAUAAAAUUAGUUAAAUGUCA